AUGUCGGAAAUUCAUAUUGACCAUGUGCUCUCAGAGCUCACCUUGAACGAGAAGGUCAAAUUACUCUCAGGAAUCGAUGGCUGGCACACAGCAGCAAUCCCGCGACUCGGGAUCCCCUCAGUUCGUAUGUCAGAUGGACCAAAUGGUGUUCGUGGAACGCGCUUUUUCAACGGAGUUCCUGCAGCCUGCCUACCUUGCGCUACGGCACUAGGUGCUUCGUUUGAUACUGAGCUCAUUUUCUCCCUGGGAAAGCUUCUUGGCCUAGAAUGCAGAGCAAAGGGGGCACAUGUGCUUCUUGGCCCGACGAUAAAUAUUCAACGAGGUCCGCUUGGCGGUCGCGGAUUUGAAUCAUUCUCAGAAGAUCCACUACUUUCUGGCUCCUUGGCUACCAGCUAUUGUUUGGGUGUGCAGAGCGAAAAUGUAAUUGCGACACCGAAGCACCUUGUAUGCAAUGAUCAGGAGCAUGAGCGUGUUGCUGUUAGUGCGCUUGUCACUGAGCGUGCUCUAAGGGAGAUAUAUCUGCUUCCAUUUCAGCUAGCCCUUGCUGGCGCUAAUCCUGGGGCGUUGAUGACUUCAUACAACAAGGUCAAUGGAUGCCACGCCAGCGAGAGCCCUGAUCUGCUCCAGGAUAUUGUUCGAAAGGAAUGGAAUUAUAAAGGACUUAUCGUGAGCGAUUGGUUCGGUACUUACAGUGGAUCUGAGGCUAUCAAUGCCGGUCUGGAUCUUGAAAUGCCUGGCCCAUCCCGAUUCCGUGGGGCCGGCUUGGUGCAUGCCGUCACAUCCAACAAAGUCUCCGAGCGGACUAUCAAUGAACGCGUACGCACCGUUUUAGAAAUGGUCAAACAGGCAGUCAGGUCCGAAAUUCCCGAAAAUGCACCAGAGGUUGAACGAAAUAUUCCCGAGGAUAAAGCAUUGCUCCGCAGAGCAGCCUCUGAGUCAAUCGUUCUUCUCAAAAACAAUGAUCAGAUUCUUCCUUUGAAUCCUAAUAAAAAAACUCUUGUGAUCGGACCUAAUGCCAACAUUGCAGCAUAUUGUGGCGGAGGCUCUGCAGCCUUACCGGCGUAUUAUUCCAUCACGCCCUUAGAAGGGAUUAGUCGCAGAUGUACUGAGGAUGUCACCUUCUCACAAGGAGUGUACGGCCACAAAGAGUUACCACUUCUAGGCGACCAGCUCAAGACCAAAGAUGGUCAGGUUGGAUAUACUUUCAGCGUUUUUACCGAGCCCGCCUCUAACAAGAACAGAAAAGCGGUGGAUAUCUUGCAUAUGAAGAGCAGUUCAUGCUUUUUGAUGGACUACAAGCAUCCAAAAAUCCACUCAGACAUUUACUACAUCACCAUGGAGGGUAUCUUCGAGCCAACUGAGAGUGGUGUUUAUGACUUUGGUCUUACAGUAGCCGGCACCGGAGAGCUUUUCAUUGACGGGGAGAAGUUGAUCAACAACAAGAUCAAUCAGCGACAGGGAACAUCUUUCUUCGGCAUCGGGACACCAGAAGAGCGCGGCGCUCAAUACUUGGAAGCAAAAAAACAGUACAAGAUUCUUGUCGACUACGGUACUGCCCCAACUUCUAAUUUGAAACUACACGGAGUUGUAUCAUUUGGACCAGGAGGACUACGGGUGGGGUGUUGUAAACGGAUUGACAUAGAAUCUGCUAUUCAAAACGCUGUUGACCUGGCAACUACAGCCGACCAGGUGGUUAUCUGUGUUGGCCUCAGUGGUGAAUGGGAAAGUGAAGGGUUUGACCGUCCACAUAUGAAUCUCCCGCCAAUGUCAGAUGAGCUGGUUGAAAGAGUCCUCACCGUUCAUCCAAAUGCUGUGGUCAUUGUGCAAAGUGGCACGCCCGUGAAAAUGCCGUGGGCCCGGGAUGUGAAAUGUCUUCUCCAUGCGUGGUAUGGUGGAAAUGAAACAGGUAAUGGAAUUGCAGAUGUCAUCUUCGGAGAUGUGAAUCCAUCUGGUAAACUUCCUCUCAGCUUCCCAGAGGUCAUUGAGCAAAACCCAACAUACUUGUCUUUUCGCUCAGAAGGAGGCAGAGUACUGUAUGGCGAGGACAUCUAUGUCGGUUAUCGCUACUAUGAAAAGGUCAAGGUGAAUCCUCUCUUCGCCUUCGGUUACGGUCUAUCUUACACAGUUUUCUGUCUUUCCGGGCUUGCUGUUUCGCAGCCCUUGAAAGCCCUAAACAGAAUCAAGGAGGAAGUACUGGAAGUGUCAGUCUCAGUGGAGAAUAUUGGGCCCUUUAGUGGCGCAGAGACUGUUCAGAUAUUCAUAUCACCACCUUCCAGCGCCAGUAUUUCGCGUCCUGCGAGAGAGCUCAAGGGGUUUAAAAAGCUCAAACUACAACAGGGGGAGAAACAGGAUAUCGUGAUUGUUAUCCCAGUGGCCCUGGCGACUAGUUUCUGGAACGAGACGCAAUCUGCCUGGGUCAGUGAAGCCGGAGUGUAUAGGAUUACUGCAGUCGGGACUGGUGAGCAGAACUACCUCACAAACGGAUUUGAAAUUUCUCAUACUAGGGAAUGGAAUGGUUUGCUUGGACUUGUCGAUUGA